AUGAAGACUUUCCCAUUACCCGUUGUAGGCAUUACACUGUCGAAAUUCGGAGGCCUAGGCAUUUCCCUUUGUCUAACGACAGUAAAAAAUUCAGAAGUAGCUGCAAGUUAUUUAGAAAAUAAUAAUAAGCCCUCCUUUAAUCAUUUCGUCAAAACCAAUACGACCAAAAUCGAAGAAGACUCGGAUCCUAACGCGUUUACUCAUUGCAUUGACUUACACAGGCAUUGGUCUAAAGUUUAUAAUAAGGUCAUAAUUAAGUCAAGACCUGGUAAGCCUCUUGUUGAAAAGAUUAAAAGAACCGGUGAUAGGUUCAAAAAAAUUCACGAAUACCUUGUUGCCAAAUCCACACACCAAGUGAGAUUAGCAAGGCUGUCAAACAUAACCUCACAAGCACGUGUAAUUAGAAGUAUCAAUGAAGAAGAAGACCCGAAGGAAGAUUCUGAGGAGGAGGAGGAGGCCAGUGGAGAGGAUGAUGAAGAUGCCAGUGAGAAAUUUAAUCUCAAGGAUACCAUCCUGAAGAACAUUAAAGGCCAAAGAAAUUGUAAAUCUGUAGUUGAAGCCGAAUUUGUCAAAGCAGUUCAUUCCUCUUGCAUAAAUUUAUUAAACCAUCGUUACAGCAAACUGUACCAAGAAGUUAUUCCUGCCAAUGAAUUUUCAGAAAUCAGAAACCAGUGCAUCUUAAAUCACAAGAAGCUUACAGACAGCUGCUCCCCUUCAUUUCGAAAUUUAGUCAAUGGUAUAUUCGAUGAAAUGUUACAGUUCGCAUACGAUGAGAAUAUAUUGCGAAUAUUGCAAUAUUUGGAUGAUGAACGCGCUAAAACCAAGGAUAAAGCGUCUGAUAAGUACAGUAUAUUAUCUAUAAUGAUCACAGUGUGA